AUGCAGCACACACGAGGACAAACCAGGGCACUGCAUGCAAAGGACUGUCACGGCCAAUGCCACCGACCACCCGCCACCGUCGCCGCCGUGCCCACCGCCGCUCCUCAGCACGCCAAGCACCGUCGCCGUCCAGUGGGAACGCCGACGAAGGAUGCGAAGGCGUCCCCGCCUGCCCAGCUGGAGACCGUGACGCCGCUGCGACUGCCGCGCAAGCUGGGGUCCCCAACGCGGCAUGGCUCGCGCGCGUGGAAGUUGUGUGUCCUUGCACCACGCAUGCUUCUGUCCCGAGCAGCGGCCUUCCGACGGGGAGAGUGGGCGCGCUUGCUGGCCGCAGUGCGGCGAUCCAACCCACCCCGCAGUCAGCGCGGUGGCGAUGACGCCGAGGUCGUGGCCGAGCGAAAGCGCGAACAAACGUGCGCCAAGGGCGAGCUCUCCAGGGCCCGCCAUCUCGUGUCGGCUGCUGAGCUUGCGCCCGGCAACGAGGCCACUUGGCGUUUGUUGACAGACCCCGCCCGCCGCCUGCCGCGACCGCGUACGGCAGUGCGUCUGACGUGGCUGAAUGCCGGCCGAACAGUCUCCUCCGGCUCGGCUCGACUGCUGUCGCGGCUGCAUUGCGGGAUGCGAAGCGAGGCGGAGCGGCAGGGUUGA